CUGCGACCCAUGAUGCAGAAGAUGACCGGGUCAAUCCCCCGGAUAGUCAUGCUGAGACAUGGAAUUUGCCGGGUUUGAUCGUGAAGCAGAGUCGGAUGAUGAGGUCAUGCUCAACCGGCUAGACUUGGAGCUUCAGGCCUCACCCUUCCCUUCUCCCCCUAAAGUGCCAGACACCCCAGGAACGACAAGUGCCCAGUGUACACCCUACAAUGAGCAUUUCCAGGGAAAGGCGGGCAAGUCCUCCAGUGAUGUAUUCGAGGAGGACCGGCCAAAUUCUUCUAUGAUCCCCGAUGAGCUCCCUCUCAAAGAAGCCCAACCAUCCUCUUCCAGGGCAAAGUCCCUGAAAAGAAAGGGCUCUCACAAAUCUUCCAAGGGGGGAUCCAAGAGAAAGAAGACCAGUCGUCUUUGCUUGGAGGGGGCGUCUAUAGAGGAGGCCUUCCUGGCCUUGGGACAGAAACUUCAUGAGGCCGGUGCUCUGUCUGAGGAGAUGGGUCAGCUACUCCUCGAGCCUAAGGACCAAUUCUCCCACAUCCGUCUUUGCGUUCGGCUCAAUCCUUGCCUUCUCCUCGCCCUUAUCUACCUGCUGGGAGACCAGCUCGAUUUAUUCGAACUGGCGGGUCAUUUUCUUGACCGCUUCCAGGUAACGAGGCCGGACGUUCUUUUGAUCACCCCUUUCUUCCUUGAUUCCAUUGGGAGUGUAGAAUUUCAUGCACAAGUGUGCCAUAGAAAUAAUGGCCCUGACCUGGUUGAUUCCAGGCCUUCCCAGGAUGGCAUUAUGCACGGAUUUGAUAUUGACCACAACAAAUCUCAUUUGUUUGGUCACUAUUUUGUUACCUGACCCCAGGGUAACCGACAAGGUGAUUUGCCCUUCCGCUUCUAUGCUUGCUCCAGUGAAGCCAGAUAAUGGAGUCUGUAGUGGCUUUAACAUGGAC